CCCUCAGUCUCGGGAAAGAUCCGGGCCUCCGGGAGCCCGGUCCCGCCCCGCCAGAGGACGAAAGCGUCGCUUGCGCGGUCGAGAGGGGCUUCCCGGCGGGCUCCCCUGCUCCCAAUGGAUCCACAACGGGAAAAUGGUGGGGACUCGCCGCUGGCCGCCGCCCACGCACGCUUCCAAGACGGCGACUACGAGACAGCCGAGCGGCUGUAUUCGCAGUACAUCUGCCGGUGCUCCAGCGCCGGCGGCGUCGCCCCCGUCCCCCGAGCCGUCCACGGAAAGCGCAAAUGCACCCCUGAGGAUUUGGCUACUGCUUUUAACAACAGGGGGCAAAUCAAAUAUUUCAAGGUCGAUUUUGAUGAAGCUAUUGAUGACUACUCAUCUGCCAUAGAGGCCCAACCCAACUUUGAGGUCCCAUAUUAUAACAGAGGAUUGAUCUUAUAUAGACUGGGACAGUAUGAUGAAGCUCUGAGAGAUUUCAGAAAAGUAUUAGAUCUAAACCCUGGAUUUCAAGAUGCUACCGUGAGUUUAAAACAGACUAUUCUAGACAAAGAAGAAAAACAAAGACGAAGCUAUUGAAAGUUCCAACUCAAGUGAACUCUUUAUUGUUUCCUUCAUCUGAUUUCAUUACUUUUUGAAUUAAUCAAAAGUCUGAAAAUGUGUAUGCACAGUAUGAUUGUAAAACAAAUUAUUAGAAUAACUGUUAUCAAUUUGGAAAAAAGUUAUUGCUUUUUUUUGUUAUACCUUAAGUUAUACCUUAUUUUUAAAAAAUGUGUUAUAAAGAAAUAGUUGAAAUUAAAGGUCUAAUUAAAAUGUAUGGUAUUUUAUUUAACAAAUUAGCAUGAGUUCAGCACAUCAGUUAAUUCAAAUUGAAGUUAAUACUUAUAUUUUGAAAUUUAUAAUUAAAUAUUU